AUGAGCAGUAGUAACAAGCGUGCAAAGCUCAGUGACGAAGGAAUCGUGUCCGACUACCCCCAGGCCAAGGCAAAGGCUGCAAAGCCACGGCUGACCCGAGCUUGUGCCGAGUGCAAGAAGCACAAGAUCAAAUGCUUUGUGCAGCCUGGCCAGACAGCAUGCAAUAAAUGCUUAAAGAGCGGCGUUCAUUGUGUCCCUCACAACUUUGCCCAAACCUUUAUAGAUGAAGAUGCUGUAUGGAAAGCACAAGCUACCGCGAGGAUUGACCUCCUCGAAGACGCUGUCAAGCAUCUAUCUCGCCAUAAUGGUUUGCCGGUACUUGCAGGCGCAGAUGGCGCGAUGUCUGCACUGCACUCCCUGUCGGAACCGGACCGUGAACGUUCUAUGCAGACACUGUCGCCGCUGAGCACAGGACAGUCGGAAUCUGUCGCUGGCAACUUCACCCCCGAAGGCCCUUCGGUGGGCCUCCGCAGCCAUCAAGACGAUUCCGAUCUCGUCCCCCUCCCGAUGAAUAAUCUCUACAACCUUACUGACCCGAACAAUUCUCAGCUGAUCCGUGUUGAUCCCGCCGACAUCAACGGGCCCGACUUUAUCAGCCAAGGGGUUCUUCCAGUUUCCGAGGCUGAAUUCCUUUUUGAUCACUACAGAUGCUACAUCAAUCCGCUGCUGUGGGAUGGAAUGCUUUGCUCGCACAAAUCUCUACAUGAGGCGAGGCAGUCCUCGUCCUUGCUGGUGGCCGUGGUGCUCACAGUGGCCGCUCUCCAUGUCCCCAAUCGAGAAGAAUCUCUACACAUCACGUACGGAGCAUUCGUUUCACUGAUGAGGGGGUCGUGUUUGCUCCGCUGCCAGAACUUGGAUGUGAUCCGGGGUUUGUGUAUCGGGGCUUUCUACUUGACAAGCCUUAGCUGGGCGCUCUGUAGCCGAGCUGUGCGAGUGGCCACCGAGAUGAACCUCCACAAAUCUUCCCUGCAAUUUGCCCGGGGCUCUCUCGAGUCCUAUGAGCGUGUCCGGCUCUGGUACGUUCUCUACGUUUGCGAUCACCAGUUUGCCCUGGCGUACGGGCGCCCGCCCUUGAUGCAUGAAGACGCGGCUAUCCGGAAUGCCGAGAAGCUCCUGACAAGCGGGUUAUCCUCCAAAGGCGACCACAGCCUUGUCGCCCAGGUUCGACUAUUCCGGAUUUUGGCGAGUGGGUACUUCAUGCACGGCUGUGACCCCGACCUCGAGCUCAGUGGACGAGACUUUGAGAAGCUGAAGGAGUUCGACAUAUCUGUGGAUCAGUGGCGUCUCGAGAACCAGUCCAAGGAAGUCGGCUCUGUGAGAGACAGUUUGAUCCCACCAGCAGCAAACGCUCUCUACUACCACCUAGCCCGCUUUCAGCUCAACGCGGUAGCGCUCAGAGGCAUCUCAGCGAGGCAAGCUUCUCAUGACUCCAUCUCGAGCCUCAACAUGAAUUGGGACAGGCAAGAAGCAUCCAACAUUGCCAUUAUGACCGCCAUGAGUACAGUGAAGCUUAUUGUCGACGAUGGUGACCUUCAAAACGUGUUGAUCUGGCUACCCAUAUUUUUGCACGCCAUGAUUGCGGUCUGUGCAUCAUUCCUUCUUAAAAUGGCUGUCGUAUUUGGCGAGCCUGCCUCUGAAAAUGAUGGCACGCUCCACCUUCCCAAGGACCUCGCUCGGUAUGGCUUGAACUUUCAUACAAAGACGGCACUGACAAAUGUGGACCGCUUGGUAAAAGUGUUGGGUCAGGUAGCAGACAACGCGAGCCAGCGGCACGUGGUGAGACAAGUCGUCACUGGGUUAGAAGAACUGCUCCAACGGUUCUCACCCUGCCGGAACGUUGACAGCUUCCUAUACUCAUUGCGGCGAAGCAAGGACCCCCUGUCUUUGGCCUUGAAUGGUUCGAAGCGGCAACGGGUUACAGGGACCGACAGGGACUCGCUUGUUCAAAGGCAUGAUGGCGGGAUCGAUCGCAAUUAUGCUGAUGAGACGGUGACCCAGAUAAAUGGCCCGGUGCAAGCUGACAGUGCCCAGCAGCAAGAUCUAUUUGAUCUUACCGGAGACUUGGACUGGCGUUUUGACCAUGGCUUCCUUUUUGGCAUUGAUGUCAUUGAUUCUGAAUUGACGUUUCUGUAA